AUCCGCCUCCACACACCUCAGCAUCCGCAGCCCCCCAGCCCACACCUUCGCACAAAGCUCCACCUCCUCCCCACACCGUCGAAGCACCCAUGGCGCCUAAGGCGGAGAAGAAGCCGGCGCUGGAGAAGACCCCGGCGGGGAAGAAGCCCGCGGCGGAGAAGAGGCCCGCGGCCGGGAAGACGGCGUCCAAGGAGGGCGGCGAGAAGAAGGGGAAGAAGAAGGCCAAGAAGAGCGUGGAGACGUACAAGAUCUACAUCUUCAAGGUGCUCAAGCAGGUGCACCCCGACAUCGGCAUCUCCUCCAAGGCCAUGUCCAUCAUGAACUCCUUCAUCAACGACAUCUUCGAGAAGCUCGCCGGCGAGUCCGCCAAGCUGGCCCGCUACAACAAGAAGCCCACCAUCACCUCCCGGGAGAUCCAGACCUCCGUCCGCCUCGUCCUCCCCGGCGAGCUCGCCAAGCACGCCGUCUCCGAGGGCACCAAGGCCGUCACCAAGUUCACCUCCUCCUAGGCGUCUUCCUCGUUUCAUGAGCUGAUGGCGGCGUUCUGUGUGUAGUUAGCAGUGCGAUGUUACAAUCUCUGUAAGAAUUGUGCUGCUUGUUGGUUUGAAGAAUUAGUGAUGUUGCUGUCUGAA